AUGAGUCAGGGACCUUGUGGCCUGUUAGGGGAACCUUUACUACAGCUCGAUCCAUGCUUGCGCGGCAAGGACGUUGAAGUGUGGCACGAACCACGUGUCAAACCAGGCGGGUUACACCGUGAGACUGUCCAUGGAACCUCUUACUUGCUAAUCUGGAUUGCCAACUAUGUUCCGCCACCUAACAUCGCCUCCUCUUGUACGACCCUUGCCCCUCAGGGUCUGUCUCUCUGCGAGACAAACCUGGGUGUGAAGGAGACACUGUGGGAACCUACGGAGAUCAUGGCUUGGGUACGAGCUCUGUGUGCAGCCUGGGUCGCGAGGAAUAGAGAUGGCCCUUGGUGCACUGCCCUGUCAAGACCUGCCUCUCGCCUCCGUAGGGAGUCCUCGCGUUGGCUGGAACGCGUGAUAGGUGGCAGCAGCUUUAUAAGGGAGGACGCUGUCACAAACCUUUCUUCCCUGUCCUUGACCCCCCACCAGCUACAACUCCUUGGCUUCGGUCUUUCCUUUGCUCUCCGCCCUCACCCCCUUACCUCCAUCGACAUUAUUUCCUCCUUUGACCGUUUCAUCUCUUCUCACAGGAACUCCUUACCUGAUGUCUCUCUCCUUCGUGGUGCCUUCAUUCCGGCCCUCGAAUCUCUCCUCCAUCCUAACCCUUCCAUCCCCAGGCGUUACCGUGAGGCCCUUCAAAGCCUGCGCAGGGAGGACGUCAUCAUUCUGCCUUCUGACAAGGGCAACUCGGUGGUGGUCCUCGACCGUGCCUCUUACUUGCAGAAGGCCCAGGACCUGGAUGACGCCUUUACUUAUGCUCCCCUGACCAGUGACCCCCGUGAACGCAUUGCUGCUACUUUCUACCGUCGCCUGAAAGGGAUAGCUGCCUGUUUUCCGGAGGCGAAUCUUUACCAGAGGUUCAGGGUCGUUAACCCUCGACUCCCUCAUUUCUAUGGGCUUCCUAAAACCCAUAAGCCGGCCGUGCCUCUGCGCCCCAUCAUCUCCUCCCGGGGAUCUGUGACGCACCCUCUUGCGGCCUGGCUGGCGAAGUGUCUCACUCCCCUUCUUGGCACCUUCUCUCCUGCUCACCUCCGCCACUCUCAGGACUUCAUCUCCCGCGUGCGUGGAGUAUCACCGGCGACCAUGAUGAGCUUGGACGUUGACUCCCUGUUCACCAAGGUCCCGCUUGAUGAUGUCCUUGCUUUCCUCCAGAGGAGACUCCCCGCAGAGGAUCCUCGUCUCCCUCUGCCCACCGACGUCUUCCUCCAGCUGAUUCGUCUGUGUGUGGAGUCUAAUUCCUUUUCCUUUGAAGGUCGCUUCUACUCUCAGACGUUCGGUGUUGCCAUGGGCUCUCCCUCUCCAGUCCUGGCAAACCUGUUCAUGGAAUUCUUCGAGUCUGAGCUUCUCCCUUCCAUCUCCCUUCGGCCGUCGAUCUGGCUGAGGUACGUCGAUGACGUCUUUGCUCUCUGGCCUCAUGAUCCUGCCAUGUUUCCGGGUUUCCUGAUGCAGCUGAACUCUCUCUCUCCUUCCAUCCGUUUCAAGGUGGAAUGGGAGGUUGACAACAAGCUCCCUUUCUUGGACACCCUAGUCCAUCGCUCUGCUGAUCACUUCUCCUUCUCCAUAUACAGGAAGCCUAUGCAUAGUGGUAUGUACAUACACUUCUUCUCAUACCACCCUCUCCAUGUAAAGAGAGGUGUUGCCACCUCGCUGUUCCUCCGCGCCCUUCGCAUCUGUGACCCCCAGUACCUGGAUGGAGAGAUCGUCUUCCUUCGUCGCUCGUUCUCCAAACUGGGCUACCCUGGCCAUGUUCUCGACGCCGCGUUAUCCAGGGCACGGCGUACCUUCUACCACGACUCUCCUCCUAAAGAGACUCCUCACUUGCCCGUCCUCAGCCUGCCCUACACUGAGGAAAUCUACUCUCUCCGUCGCCCUCUUCACCCUCUCAACUGCAGGCUGAUCUUUCGCCAGGUGAACACCCGUCGCAACCUGGUCCAUACCAGCCCUCCUUCCUCCUCGAAGGUGGGCACCUAUGCUGUUCCUUGUGCCUCCUGUGAUAAGCAGUACUUUGGCGAAACAGGCGCCAGUCUUACCAAGCGUCUGUCUCAACAUAAGUACGCAGUAUCCAGGGGACACAACAAUAACGCCCUCUUUUGCCAUCAGUGGGACACUGGUUAUCAGAUGGACUGGUCAGCAGCGCGGAUUGUCUUUCCUUCCGCCGAUGUCCACUCCCGCAGACUGGUGGAAUCUUCCCUUAUAAAGCUGCUGCCUAAUUUCAACUUGAACAGCGGCUUUUCUCCUGCUGAUAGUCUCCUUGCUUCCCAUAUCCUCCGCCUUCUUCCGUAUGCCGGCCACCCGGCUCAUAGUCCGCUCGAUCCUCCGACCUGA